UCAUACAGAUUCUGGAUGCCGAAGUUUGGGUAUGUUGGCCCAUACAGUGAGCAAGUUAAAAGGGAUCAUGAUGGGAAAAUUGUAGACAUCAUCCCAAAAGGGAACCCUAUGGAGGAUGCUGGUGUCAAGACAUUGAUACGUUCCUUAAAUAAAAGGAAGCGCCGACCUUCUAGAAGAGACAUGAGGGCCGGCAUGAAGCCCUAUGAGGCAAAGAAGGCGCCACCAUUCUCUCUUGAGGAUAUGCUCAAGAUGAGAGAAUACUGUUUGAAGACAGUUGAGGUAAACAAUUUAAUUACCAUCACAAAAAAGUGCAUUAGAAAUAAACAGGUAAUAUCACAUAUAGGUCCAUUCUACAAACAUGACAGACACAAUAGAUUCUGUAGUCGAAUAUUCCAUAAUAUUCGAGGGGUCCAUCAGAGAGGACGAAGGCAUCUAGUAGAUUCUAGGAUAAUCUCCGAUACUAUCACAAAAUCAAGGGUCCAGCAGAUGGAAGAAGCAGGAACUAAAUAGACAUCUAAUAGCUUAUUAGAGGAAAACAAUGAUAAUAUCCUAAUCUCAAUAAACAG